GUGACGCGCGGCGGCGGGCGAUGACGCAGCCGGGCAAUGGGGCAGGCGCUGUGCCUCUGCUCCCGCGGCACCGUCAGCCUGGGCGGGCUGCGCUACCUCCUGCUCCACCGCCUGGCAGAGGGGGGCUUCAGCUAUGUGGACCUGGUGGAGGGGCUGAGGGACGGGCGCUUCUAUGCCCUGAAGCGCAUCCUGUGCCAUGACAAGGAAGACCGCCAGGCUGCCCUGCAUGAGGUGGAGAUGCACGGCCUCUUUGACCACCCCAACAUCCUGCGUCUGGUGGCCCACUGCAUGGUGGAGAAGGGUGCCAAGCAUGAGGCCUGGCUCCUCCUGCCCUACGUGAAGGGGGGGACCCUCUGGAGCGAGGUGCAAGCACUGCGAGAGAAAGGGACCUUCAUGCCAGAGCAGCGGAUCCUCCUCAUCCUCCAUGGAAUCUGCUCUGGGCUGCAAGCCAUCCACAGCAAGGGCUACGCACAUAGGGACCUCAAGCCCACCAAUGUGCUGCUGGAUGAGGAUGAUCGGCCCUUGCUGAUGGACCUUGGCUCUAUGAACAAAGCUCGCAUUGAAGUUAACAGCUCUCGGAAGGCCAUGGCUGUGCAGGAUUGGGCUGCUCAGCGCUGCACCAUCUCCUACCGUGCCCCUGAGCUCUUUACAGUGCCGAGCCAGUGUGUCAUAGAUGAGCGCACAGAUAUCUGGUCCUUAGGCUGCGUGCUGUACUGCAUGAUGUUUGGGGAGGGCCCCUAUGAUGCCGUCUUCCAGAAGGGCGACAGCGUGGCUCUGGCAGUGCAGAACCCCAUCACUGUGCCCCCCACGACCAGGUAUUCAGCUGCCUUGCAGCAUCUGCUCUCCUCCAUGAUGACGCUGAACCCCCAGGCACGACCCAGCAUAGAUGACAUCCUCCACCAGCUGGAGGGGCUACAGCCAGCACCAGCGGGCCAGGACACCACGCAGAUCUGAGCCCAUCCCACCCUGUGGCAGCAAAGUACCCCGAGGCUGAGCCAGGGGAAACGCAGCUGCCCUCGUCCCUGCUGCCCCACGAAACCAUUGCAGAGGGGAUUCCUGCAUGGGAGAGAGCUGCUGCUCUGUGCUGGAGGUGUGUUGGAUUUGAAGUGGUCUGUACCCUGGAUGCUGCUGCCUGGGACUCAGUCUGGGCCCCAGGGCUGUGGAUGUGUGACUUGCUGCUAAAUGGGGCCCUCGCCAGCCGCUGCCUCCUCCGGGGGUUGCAGAGAAGGAUGGUGUGGAACCCCCCCCGGGUGAGGGCAGCCAUGGCCCCACAGCUCUGCGCCCCAGGAGGGCUGUUCUGAGCUGCAGUCUGGGUCCUGGUGCGGUGCUGGAGCAAAGUGGGGGGACCCAGCCCCCGCUCCACUGCUGUUCUUGGCACCGAUGUUGCCUUCUGUUUGGAGUAAAAGAUGUUCUUGCGGA